AUGGGCGACUUCCACCAGCUCGCCCUCCAGUUCGUCCUUACGGAUGAUAAAGAUGCCCACGCCCAGAUCGCCGACAAGGCGGCAACUUUAAUAAAGACUUCACCAACCAAUACCCACCCCGUUGUAAGAUGGGUAGAGUCUAUACGCCCGUGGAUGCCGGGCCAGGAGGACUCGGAGAUGGGAGACGGCGAAGGCUCCAAGGGCGACAUUAUCGCUCGAGCUAGAGCGCUCGAGUUCCUUUCUUCUACUUUGGAAAGGCUAGCCAAAGACGCAUUGGUUGCCACACAGAUCAGGUCGCUGAUCGCCUUCUUCGGCGCCAUGUUCAGCGUCGACCAUAAAGCCGGCAUCCUCGCCUCGGCCAAGUCCCUCACCACCAUUUCCUCCAUGAAGCUCUUCCCGCCUCCAGCGGCCACGACAUCAUCAAAGGUCUGCGCCAUGGGCGCCGACUUCACCAAGCAAGUCGCCGAGACCCGACUCGCCAUCUUUUCCCUCUUCCAGCGCCUCGUCUCGGAUCCCAGGGUCACGCGCGACCUGAAGCAGCGCCACGGCGACUGCGACUUCGUCAUCUUUGCCGCCUUCUCCGCCUACUUCCCCAUUUCCCUCCGCACCUCGCGCCACCCGUCCGGCAUCACCCCCGCCGACCUCAAGGUCGCCCUCCGCGCCUGCUUCGCCGCCCACGACCGCGUGGUUCCGCAUUCCAUACCCUACCUCAUCCAGAAGCUGAACCAGGGCGACGGCGUGACCGUGGACGUCAAGCUCGACAUCCUGCGCACCGUCAAGGAGUGCGUGGUGCGCUGCAAGGACCCCGCCGCCUCCGUGGAACCCUACGUGGCCAAGAUUUGGAACUGUCUCAAGUACGAGGUGCGCAACGGCGAGGUCACCGAGUCCAUCAACACCACUCUCGAGUGCACCGACGACCUGUCCAACCCGACCUUUGCCGAGAACGCCGGCAAGCUCCUCGUGUGCGCGGCCAGCGCCAGCCCCGGCGCCUUUGUCCUCAUCCUCGCCCCGACCGUCAAGCACGCCGUCGAGGACCUGCGCCACGCCCGGGCCAGGGACCACAAGCGCGACUUGCUCGCCCUCCUCAAUGCCGUGCUCGAGGUGCGCUCGCUCAUGGUCGGCGGCGCGAUGGAGCUCACCCCCGAGGAUCGGGAGGCGAUGAAGGCGACCGAGCCCAUCCUCCACUCCCUGUACGAUGAUGCGUAUAAGCCGAACCUGCACGCGGAUGCGGUCGUGUCGAAAAAGGCCGUCGAGGGCAUGGGCCUCUUGGCUAGCCAGUCCUCCGUCGUUUCCUCUCUCCCGGACGCGCCUCUCUUGAGCGAGGAGGCUGGCGACGCCAUAGCUUCGACCCUCGUGGAUCUUUUGACCGACCGCGUCAGCGACGUCGCGGACGAGGUCGUCCUCGCACUGCAAAAGAUUGUCAUGGUGCGACCAGAAGUCUUGGACGCCAUCCUUCGCCGGGUCGUCGAGGUGACCAAGUCUCUCGGCGACGGUGCCACUACUACUACCAUCGACGACAACCACGACGACGACGAUUCCGUCGACUACCUCGUGCAACUCACCUCGCGCCUCGCCUUCAUCGCCUGCUCCGAGCUUCCCAAGAAGCCCGAGUCCGCCUUUGUCUACUUUUCCAAGCUCGCCUCCCACCUGCUGAGCUGCCUCGACGACGCCGUCGCCGCCUCCGACACCGUCUCGCGCACCUGGUCCGUGUACCCGGCUGCGCUGCAGUCCGCCAUGCGCUACUUUCGCGAGGCCCUGGACGCUAGGCUCGAUGUCGACGUCGCGGCCCUCGAGUUCGACGCCUCCGUUACCGCCGACGGCUGGGCCGAGCAGGACUUUGAGGAGGCAGGCGGUGCCGCUGCCGCCGCCGCGCCCGAGGAGCUGUAUAACCGCUUCUUCCUGAUCUCCUUGCAGCUCGCGCGCAGACUGUACCGCCAAUCCACACGACUUGUCGACGCGGAGGAAGGAGGGCCUGGGGUAAGGCUCGUGCUGGAGGAGAAGUUGACGAAGAAGGGGGCCGUCGGGCGCGCGCAGUACCUCUACUUGGUUUCUUCUAUUGCUACGCUAACGAUUGGUCAAAUGUCCGAGGCGCAGCAGUCUCGCCUCCGCCUGCACGAGGACGCCGUUACCCUGUUUCGGGGACGGGACCGCGUGGGCGGCGCGGAGGGGACCGAGUAUAGGGACGUCGCGCUUGUACCGGUGCAGGAUGUUGCCGUGUACGCGCAGGGAGAUGUCGAGAACCUCCCGCCCCAGAGCGCGAGGGAACAGAGGUUUCCGCUUGCGCUGUCGCCUGGUAUUCUUCAGCCGCUUUAUCCCAAGGUUGCUGAAUUGCUCUUUGAGCGCGGCUUUGGCCACGAGUUCCUCACGUCAAAACUCCUCGCCUCCUCCUCCCCAGUCCACGACCCGUACCUCGGCCACUUGCUUCUCAUCCUCGCCAACAAGCACAAGGUCGAAGGUAUCCCCAAGGUCCUCGCCCUCCUCGAGCACCAGCUCGCCGCCAUCGCCAGCGGAGGCCCCCUGCUGGGAUCAUCAGACUCAACGUCCACCGCUACCCCCGCCCGAGUCAAGCUGGUCAAGGACGCAUACGCCGUCGUCGCGGGCAUCCUGCGUCGAUACACGGGUACCUCGCUUAAGAGCGUCUUUCCCCACCUGCUCGAGGGCCCGGCCAACGAGGAGCUCGGCCAGUUCGUCGCCCGCGAAUUCGACGCCCUCUUCCGGCCCCAUCCGAGCCUCGCCAAGGAGUUCCACGCCGUCGUGAAGCCCCUGUGGUCGCAAAAGGCCUACUACCAGCUCGUGAAACCCCUCUUGCCCCGCGCGUGGCCCCGGAAGAAUCCCGGCGCUGCCGCCGCCGUUGGCUCCGGCAGCCCUAGCUCCAGCUCCAGCUCCGAGCUCAUCUGCGCCAACUACAGCAUCGCCGUGCUCUCCGCCGUGCGCCACCUCGACUUCUCCGUCUACCAGGACGACGCUGCCCCGCUUAUUCGCCUGAUCCUCUGCGCUCUCCGCUCCCUGCCCGACGGCUCCGCCGACGUCGAGACGGCCCUUCGCGCGCUCGAGACCGUCGUGCGGGAAUCCUCUCCUACUACGCUCGAGCCUUUCCUCAAGAGUUUGCUCGACGCGUGCACCGCCGUCGUUGCUGGCUCUGGGCCCCGCGCUGCUGACCUGCCCUGGAUGCCCGAGGGCUAUUCCUCCUCGUCGUUUUCUUCUUCUACCUCUAGCGAGGCUCUCGCCACCGCGGCGCGGUGCCGGAACCUCGCUGUUCGUUUGCUGGGUUAUCUCCCUGGCCGGUUCGAUAAUAGGCGCCUCCUUGCGUCGGCGCCGAGGAUGGAGAGACUGCUGUCCGUGGCGUGUGGGGAUCGGGUGAGGGAGGUGAGGAAGACGGCGUUGGCGGCGAGGUUGGCGUGGGCCAAGAUUGAGUGA